UGAAUUACGACGAGGAAGAAAAAAAAGAGUAUGAUUUACCAAGCGACAAGGAUCCACCGAGAUUACGUUUAUUUAUUUCAAGAAAUCAUUAUGUACCACGCGCGACCACCAAUAUCAAUUAAAAGCGGUCGUGUGUGCUGGUCGCACGUAAGUGCAGCACAUAGGUGUUCGCUAAAUCAGACAUUACGGAUUUUCGCCCCACCUAUUUCUCGUUUGCCCCGCUCUCUUCUUUCUUCCAUUCUAGUCACUAUAUAGGCCGGCAAGUGCAUCCUUAGUGUCAGUGCAGCAGUGUAGAAACCUCGGAUCGACGCGAGCUCUUGCUAGAAGAACCACGAUGCAGUCGCACGAUAUUGAAGGAUACUACAAUGUGGCCGAGGAACUGGUUUUGAAAGCGGGAAAAGUAAUCGAGAACGCGAUCAACACAAAGAAGAGUGUGAAGAGCAAAGGGAUCGACUGGGACCUGGUAACGGAGUACGAUCGCAAAAUAGAGAAGGAUUUGCAGAAGCAGUUGUCGAAAAUCUAUCCGGAGCACAAAUUUAUCGGCGAGGAAGGAACGGCAGAGGACAAAUGUUUGCCGAAGCUAACGGAUGAACCAACGUGGAUCAUUGAUCCCAUAGACGGCACGACCAACUUUGUGCACAGAUUUCCCCACACGUGCAUCUCCUUGGCAUUGUUAAUUAAUAAGAAAACAGAGAUCGGUAUAGUGUACAAUCCGCUGAUGAGGCAACUGUUUACCGCGAGGAGACAGAAAGGAGCCUUUCUAAAUAGACACCCUAUAAAGACUUCGGACGUGGCAGAUGUGACUCAGUCGUUAAUCGCAAUGGAACCGUGGCUUGCCAAAGACUCAAAUUAUCUAGUUACCGUGUACAGUAGAAUGCAUGCUCUAAUUCAAGGGACUCAUGGGAUAAGAUCAUUGGGUACUGCAGCUCUUACGCUAUGUUACGUUGCAAUGGGCGCUGUAGAAGCAUAUCACGUCGAAAGUAUAGACGCUUGGGACGUUGCUGCUGGAAAAUUAAUAAUUGAAGAAGCAGGUGGAAUAGUAAUAGAUACAGCUGGUGGAGAAUUGGACUUGAUGGUACCUAGAGUAAUCGCAGCUUGUAAUCACCAAAUUGCUGAUCAGCUGGUUGACCUCUUUAAAACUGCCGAUUCAAAGGCUAUUGAUAGAAACUUAAGAUGAUGUGCUACGAGAUUCAAUUCUUUGGCCUAGAAACUGUUCAUUACAUUUAACUGCUCCUAAUGUACAUUAUGUAAUUUUUAAUAAAAGUUUCGUAAACCCA